GCGCCGUCGCUCGCGCCUGGCGGCCCGAUGUGGCUGCAGCAGCGGCUUAAGGGGCUGCCGGGACUGCUGUCGAGCAGCUGGGCCCGCCGCCUCCUCUGCCUGCUCGGCCUCCUGCUGCUGCUGCUGUGGUUCGCGGGCUCCGGGGCGCGGCGCGCGGCGGGCGGCCUGCACCUGCCGUCCUGGGCCCGCGGCGAGCCGGGCGCCGCCGAGCCCUCCGCCUGCCUGGAGGCGGCCACCCGCGCCUGGCGCGGCCUGCGCGAGCGAGGCGAGGCCGUGCCGCUGGGCCCUGGCGUGCCGGCGCUGGUGGCCAACGGCUUUCUGGCCCUGGACGUGAACGCCAACCGGCUGUGGGUGACCCCCGGGGAGCGGGAGCCCGCCGUGGCGCCGGACUUCGUGCCCUUCGUGCAGCUGCGCCCGCUGAGCGCGGUGGCCGAGGCGGGAGAGGCGGUGCUGCUGCCGCGGGAGGGCCUGCUGCGCCGCGUGCGGUGCCUGCAGCUGGGGGCCCCGGGCUCUGGCCCCGCCGCCGCCGGCCCCGGGCCCGCCUCGGCCUCGGGCCUCGCCGCGGGGUCGGGCCGUGACUGUGUGCUGCUACAGGAGGACUUCCUGGCGCACCGGGGCCGGCCCCACGUCUACCUGCAGCGCGUGCAGCUGCACAACCCCACGGAGCGCGUGGCCGCGCUGCAGACCGUGGGGCCCACGGCCGGGCCGGCCCCCAGGGCCCUCACCAGCACCCUGGAGAAGGUCGGAGACCACCAGUUCCUCCUCUACUCGGGCCGGGCCACGCCUCUGCCCACCGGGCAGGUGCACCUGGUGGUGGUGGCCGCCAAGAAGCUGGUGAACCGGCUGCAGGUGGCUCCCAAGACGCAGCUGGACGAGACGGUGCUGUGGGUGGUGCACGUGUCCAGCCCCCUUAGCCCCCAGGUGCUCAAAAGCAGAGCGGCCAAGGAGCUCAAGGCCCUGCAGGACGCGGCGCGGAAAGAAAUGCUGGAGCUGCUGGCGAUGCCGGCGGCCGAGCUGCUGCAGGACCACCAGCGCCUCUGGGCUCAGCUGUUCAGCCCAGGAGUGGAAAUGAAGAAGAUCACGGACGCCCACACGCCCUCCGGCCUGACCGUGAACUUGACCCUGUACUACAUGCUCUCCUGCUCCCCAGCCCCGCUGCUCAGCCCCUCCCUGAGCCACAGAGAGCGGGAGCAGAUGGAGUCGACGCUCAACUACGAAGACCACUGCUUCAGCGGCCACGCCACCAUGCACGCCGAGAACCUGUGGCCGGGGCAGCUGUCCUCGGUGCCGCAGAUCCUGCAGCUGUCUGACCUGUGGCGGCUCACCCUGCAGAAGCGCGGCUGCAAGGGGCUGGUGAGGGCGGGCGCCCCGGGCAUCCUGCAGGGCAUGGUGCUGAGCUUCGGGGGGCUGCAGUUCACGGAGAACCACCUGCAGUUCCAAGCCGACCCCGACGUGCUGCACAACAGCUACGCCUUGCACGGCAUCCGCUACAAGGACGACCUCAUCGACCUGGCCGUGCUCGCCGACGCGGAGGGCAAGCCCUACCUGCACGUGGCCGUGGAGCCCCGCGGCCAGCCUGGCAAGAUCUACGCCUGCGAGGCGGGCUGCCUGGACGAGCCCGUGGAGCUGACCUCCGUGCCGGGCGGCCAGACGUUCUCGGUCAUGGUGACGCAGCCCAUCACGCCGCUGCUGUACAUCUCCACUGACCUCAUGCACCUGCAGGACCUGCGGCACACGCUGCACCUCAAGGCCAUCCUGGCCCACGACGAGCACAUGGCCCAGCAGGACCCCGGGCUGCCCUUCCUCUUCUGGUUCAGCGUGGCCUCCCUCAUCACCCUCUUCCACCUCUUCCUCUUCAAGCUCAUCUACAACGAGUACUGCGGGCCCGGGGCCAAGCCCCUCUUCAGGAGCAAGGAAGAUCCCAGCGUGUGAGGGAGGCGACAGCCCUGCUUCCAGCUGCCAUUUGCACAGGCGCCCGGCCCGCGCGCCCUGCUGCUGCGAGCACCCACCCUUUGUGCCUUGUUGGGGGAGCCCAGGGACGCAGACGCGUGCGGAGACUCCAGUUAGCUGUGGAGGGAAGGACGCGGGAGUGGGGGAGGGCCGGGGGCUUUUGUACGCUUUCCACUCAAUAAAAUGAACCCAUGUGGAAAAUACUUGAAAUUGAACUCACUCCUUCCACGCCCCCUUGCUCUGUCCCGGGAAGCAGAGCUCAAAGCCUCCCCUGGGAGCCACGGUGUCUCUUCCUAACUUUAAUGUGUUCUUUCUUGGAUGAACUUCUAAUUUAUUUUGUUGAUGUCAUGGGGGUGGCAGGGGCGCCCCCUCCGAGGCCCCGCGGUCCUGAGGCCAGGGGGUGUCCCACUGGGGCCCCCCGCUACCCGCCGCGGCUCCGCGCCAACGCCGCUGACGUAGCCUGUGGGGCCGUGGGUUUGUACUGCGGGACUCUGGGGGAGCUGGUGAACUUUCUGGUGAUUGAUGAUUGUUGGGUUUUGAAAUACCAAAGCUUUUUGUUCUGUUUUUAAAUAAAGAUCUGUGAA